AUGCGCCGUAGUGACAUCAUCACCACUCAGGUGAGUGACGUACGCAAAACAAAAUGUGAGCUGGCAACGACCGAGGAGGAGGAAAGGGAGGAGGUGCGGUGGCCGUGGAGCGGGCGGCGGCCGAGGGGGAAAGGGAGGAGGUGCGGUGGCCAAGGGGGAAAGGGGGGAGGUGCGGUGGCCGAGGGGGAAAGGGGGGAGGUGCUGUGGCCGAGGGGGAAAGGGAGGAGGUGCGAUGGCCGCGGAGCGGGCGGCGGCCGAGGGGGAAAGGGGGGAGGUGCGGUGGCCGAGGGGGAAAGGGAGGAGGUGCGGUGGCCGCGGAGCGGGCGGCGGCCGAGGGGGAAAGGGGGGAGGUGCGGUGGCCGAGGGGGAAAGGGAGGAGGUGCGGUGGCCGCGGAGCGGGCGGCGGCCGAGGGGGAAAGGGGGGAGGUGCGGUGGCCGAGGGGGAAAGGGAGGAGGUGCGGUGGCCGCGGAGCGGGCGGCGGCCGAGGGGGAAAGGGGGGAGGUGCGGUGGCCGCGGAGCGGGCGGCGGCCGAGGGGGAAAGGGAGGAGGUGCGGCGGCCGAGAGGGAAAGGGGGGGGGGUGUGGUGGCUGUGGAGCGCGCGGCGGACUCUUGUGGUCAGCCUGACUUUUUGGACAAGCGUCUUGUAG